UCCUUUUAAUUCAUGUUUCAGAAUAUAUACUUCUACUUUGAAUGAACCAGGAAUUUUAUGAGAAAAUGGCAAAUUACAAAAUCUACUAAGAAAACGUAUUUCAAAUUAGGUUCUAGUGGCAUCUGCCUUCUUACUUCACAUUCCUUCCUCCUAUGGGUAGUUGCAUCUCCUACCUUACCCCUUCUUAUUCUUUUGAAUCAGUUGCCAUGGUUUUAAUGACCAUCUCUAUGUAGACAAUUCCCACAUCUGUAUAUCCAUCUCUAAUCUCUUUCCUGAAAUCUAGAUCCAUAUUAUUGGCUGCCUGCUGGCCAUCUUCAUGGGGAUGUCCAGUCAGCAUGUCCAAAACAUGACAUAGUCUACUGCUAAAAUCUAUCCUUCCUCAAAACUUCACUAUUUCUAUUGAUGGCAUUCGCCUCCCAACCCUUCUAGUUAACCAAGUCUAAAACUUGGUAUCUUCCUUGAUUCUUAGAUCCCAUAUUCUCAACUCCAAUUUCUGAACACGCACACACAUACAUCCCUUCCUUUAUUCCUUUCCUUAACUUUGGAUGUAAGCCCUUUGGGAAUUUUCUCUUUCUGUCUCUGAAGAUCAGAGAAGGUAAAUGGGAAGAGGUUUAUAAGACUAACCAAGGUAUAGAAGUCUAUUCAGGAAUACAUAAGCCAUUUCCUUUUCUUUUUUUUUUAAACAUGUUUCAAUAUAUUGUGUCAUCAUAGUAUAGAAGUAUCUAAAGUCUAUCAAAAUGAUGAGUGUUGUAACCAGAAAAAUAAGUAGCUAACCAUGGAGUGAUGGCUCUAGAGCAGAGCUCCUUAAAACCUGCAUUCUGUAGAUUCCCUAAGGGUCCAUGGAUGCAGAGAAACAUGAACUUGGAUGAGAAAAAAUACGUCCUUAUUUCAACAUAAGAGACAUCCUUUGUUUUAAAGAAAUCUUAUUCUAAGUAGAGGUUUAGAGGGUUUACCAAACUGUUAAAAGGGUCCAUGGCAUGAAAAGAUUAAGAACCCUUACUCUGGAGCUUUGGAUAGACUAAAGAUUCCGGAUUUUUCCAUUGUGAGUAAUAUUCCAUUUCAUUCCCUAGUAUAAUUCUUAAACUGCCUUACAGAAACAAUUGAAGCUAAAGGUUCAGUAGGUAAAAUAAAAACUUGAAUGUCUACCAGCUGACUGAAUUCUGGUGGCCAGUAGCAACCAUUUUUCCUCUUAGAAAAGCCAUCCCAUAUUGUGAAGCCAAAUGGUUAAUACAGAUAAUACCAACUUUCUUCUAAGACAGGAAGAUAUGUGCAUGGUCCCAGUAUGUUUCAAUUUCAUCAUUUGAAGGUGGAAAAUAAGAAGGUGUGGUAUACGGGUUAUGAUGAAGAAGGCAGACUGUCACUUCAAAGCCCAGACGUAUUUUUUCUAUUUAAGCUCUGGAUGGUUCCUUAAGGAAUUAUAGAUUUAUACCCUUUGCUGAUGGCUGGAGAUUUUCAAUAAACAAAAUGGAAAGUCACUUAAAGAAUGUUCUCGUGGUGUCCUUUGGAUUUUUGUUUCUAUUUACAGCUUAUGGAGCUCUUCAGAAUCUACAGAGCAGCCUAAAUACAGAGGCAGGACUAGGGGUUGCUACACUUAGUGUUAUCUAUGCAUCUGUGAUUGUGUCUUCCAUGUUCCUUCCUCAAAUUCUUAUUAAGACAUUUGGAUGCAAGUGGACCAUAACCUACUCCAUGUGCUGCUACAUUAUUUUUUCAGUGGGAAACUUCUCUGCCAAAUGGUAUACCUUGAUCCCCACUGCCAUAAUCCUUGGUCUAGGAGGAGCCCCACUAUGGUCUGCUGAGGCUAGUUACCUUACAAUGAGUGGAAAUGCUUAUGCACUGAAGGCAGGAAAACUUGGGAGAGAUGUCGUCAACCAGUAUUUUGGCAUCUUCUUUCUCAUAUUUCAGUCCUCUGGAGUCUGGGGGAAUUUGAUUUCUUCUCUUGUGCUUAAACAGCAAAUUUACCGAGCCACAAAAGAAGAGCUACUGAACUGUGGAGCACAGGAUUGUUAUUCAAGAAGCCCAACUACAAACAAUACGAACACUCAGCGCCCCCAAUCUAAUUUAAUCUACAUCCUGCUUGGUAUCUAUACUGGAAGUGGUAUUUUGGCAGUAAUACUGGUAGCUGUAUUUCUUGAUCAUAUUCCAAACGAUGAGUCAGAAAACGAAGACAAGAAAAAUGAAUCGUUUUGGUCCAGUGUACUGGCAACUUUCCGGCAUCUUAAAGAUGAUAGGCGACAGGUUCUCCUCAUUCCUCUGACUAUGUAUAGUGGAUUUGAACAAGGAUUCCUUUCUAGUGAUUAUACAAAGUCAUAUGUCACCUGUGUCCUUGGGAUACAAUAUGUUGGUUAUUCAAUGAUCUGCUUUUCGGCCACCACUUCCUUUAGUUCUUUGCUAUAUGGAAAGAUAUCCCAGUAUACUGGCAGAGCAGCUUUGUAUGGAGUAGGUUCAGUGAUACAUUUUUGCUGCUUCUUUUUCCUUUUGGUGUGGAAACCUCAUCCCAAUCAUAAGAUUUUGUUCUUCUUAUUUCCUGCCUUUUGGGGCUUGGCAGAUGCUGUUAUUCAGACACAAAACAAUGCUAUCUAUGGAGACUUAUUUGUGAAGAACAAGGAAGCUGCUUUUGCCAAUUACCGUCUUUGGGAAUCCCUUGGAUUUGUCAUUGCUUUUGGAUAUAGCACAUCAUUAUGUGUCAGCAUGAAGCUAUAUAUCCUAAUGGUAAUACUGUUCUUGUCAGUGGCAUUAUAUGGGACUGUUGAAUGCCUGGAACAAGACCAGCCUUUUGUUGAAAAAGACUUAAAUCAAAGAAAAGAAAUACCAGAUAUUGCAUAGCAUGAAAAUGAUGAGGUGCUUGAGAAGAAAGAGUAAGAAGCCUUCAGAAUGGUUUUCUCCAUAGCAGCACCAAAAUAUUAAAUGUUUUUUUUUU